GAGAAGCGACCCGGUUUGGGAGAGCUUAUAGCUUUUGGAGCAUCCUGGAGAAGCAAAAGCUGCUAAAAGCCCCCCACUCCGCUGCCGGCAGCCCCCGCGGCCGGCCCCAAGUCCGCGCCCGCGGUGCGCCUGCUCCGUCGCCGUGCUGGAUCAGAUCUGUAGUUGACUGGCUGUUCAUUUUAUUGAGUCCUGCGUCUCAUUUCUCUUGCAGCACAGCGCUUGCUCCAUAGUCCAGAGGCAAGGCAAGCCCACUGCUCCGGCGACCUCGCAUCCCUGUUCGUUUCUGGCCCUGGCAACUCUGUUUCCGCCCGUGUUUGUUUCUCCAGCCGCAUCACUGUCGUUCGCUCUUCACUCACUUCCAUUGCUCCUCUGCUCAACCACAUAUCCAUCCAUACUACUACAAAAAAGAAUCCAAAAAAAACACACCAUAAAAGAAAAAAAACAGUAGUCUUCUCUAGCUUCUUAUUGUUUACCUAGUAUUCCAUUCCUUGUGUUUACUCUUACAUUUUGCCCAUUUUUUUCUGCCCCCUCCUUGUCGGUUCGCACCCUUCGUCAUCAUUCAUUCAUCGUCUUAAUCCCCUACGAGGGCAAAGAGAAGUAGAAAACAAAAAAAAAUAUCUGAGUUUUUGCUUAUUUCCCUUCAUUUCCAUAUCUAGAUCUCUGUAAACUUCCAGACAUCUCGUGCCAGUACCAAUUUAUUUCAUCUGUUCUUUUCAUCUGCCACACUUUCAUCAUCCAACAUCUCUUCACUUGCAUAAGCGCGGGGCAACACAAAUACUUCAGAUCCAUGGCGGAUGUGCCACUGGCCGGCUUACGGUGGGUGGCUUCGCCGAUCGUCAAGAAGCUCCUCGCUGAGGCUUCAACAUACCUGGGCGUGGAGCCGUGGACAUGGCGCGUGAGCUCCAAGAACUGGAGACCACCAUCCUUCCACAGUUUGAUCUGGUGAUUGAAGCGGCCGAGAAGAGCCGCAACAGAGACAAGCUGAAGGCAUGGCUCCAACAGCUCAAAAAAGCCUUCUAUGACGCCGAAGACUUGUUGGACGAGCAUGAGUACAACCUUCUCAAACGCAGGGCCAAGAGCGGGCAGGAUUCCUCACUGGAGAAGAAAUCAACUAUUCUUCGUGCUACAAUGAGCAGGGCACGGAACUUGCUCCCUGAGAACAGAAGGCUGAUUAGUAAGCUGAAGGAACUCAAGGCCAUCCUGGCGGAAGCCAAGCACUUCCGUGAACUUCUUGGCCUACCCGCUGGUACUACUGCAGGAUGCUCCACCGUACCAACAACCGUUGUUACUCCUGCCCCAACGACAUCACUUCCCCCUUCAGAGGUAUUCGGUCGUGACACAGAACGCGAUCUUAUAGUGGAUCUUCUCACCAAGACGCCUGCUGCAGAAUCAAGUCAAGCUAGCUACUCGGGCUUGGCCAUUAUUGGGGUCGGAGGCAUGGGGAAGUCAACCUUGGCACAGUAUGUCUACAAUGACAAGAGGAUACAAGAACAUUUUGAUGUCAAGAUGUGGGUCUGCAUCUCGCGCAAGCUCGAUCUACGUCGUCACACACGGGAGAUCAUCGAGUCUGCAUCAAAAGAGGAGUGCCCACGUGUUGAUAAUCUUGACACUCUUCACUGCAAAUUAAGGGACAUACUGAAAAUGUCAAAGAAAUUCCUUCUCGUGCUGGAUGACGUAUGGUUCGAGGACUCUGACAAUGUGACAGAUUGGGAGCAGCUUCUAGCUCCUCUGAUUUCCCAGCAGGCGGGGAGCAAAGUUUUGAUAACUUCUCGACGAGACACAUUUCCUGCUGCUCUUAGAUGCAAACAAGUCAUUCCCUUGGAAAAUAUGAAACAUGCUGAGUUCCUGGCACUCUUGAAACAUCAUGCCUUCUCUGGAGCAGAAAUCGAAGACCAGCUGUUGCGCAUGAAGCUGGAACAAAUCGCAGAGGAUAUUGCUAAAAGGCUUGGACAAUCUCCUCUGGUAGCAAAAGUUAUGGGUUCCCGGUUGAGCAGGAAAAAGGAUGUUACUGAAUGGAAAGCUGUUCUUAAGAUCGGAGAGGAUUUGAGUGAGCCCAGGAGAGCUCUGAUGUGGAGUUUUGAGAAGUUAGAUCCACCUGUGCAGAGGUGCUUUCUAUAUUGCAGCUUAUUUCCAAAAGGUCACCAGUUUAGAAUAGAUGAGAUGGUUCACCUUUGGGUGGCAGAGGGCCUUGUUGAUUCGUGCAAGCUAAAUUUUUGGAGGCCCCUAAUUUUUGGAGGCCCGGUGCGGUCGCACCGUCCGCACCCCCUCAGGGCCGGCCCCGAGCAGAGGAUAAGACUCACCUACAGUAGGAAUGUCGAGCUGCCACUGGUUCUACCAUCAGGACUUUGUAAACUUGAGCUUUCUUCUUGCGUUGUUACAGAUGGAGCUUUAGCUAUUUGCCUUGGUGGCCUCACUUCACUGAGAAAGUUGUCACUAGAUAAUAUUAUGACUUUGACUGCGCUUCCGUCAGAAGAGGUGUUUCAGCAUUUGACAAAGCUUGACUCUUUGUCCAUCAUAGACUGCUGGUGUCUCAGAUCAUUAGGGGGCUUAAGAGUUGCUACGUCUCUUUCCGAUCUAAGAUUAUCUUGCUGCCCUUCUUUGGAGCUGGCACGUGGAGCAGAAUUUUUGCCGUCCACACUUGGGAGAAUCUACAUAUAUAAAUGUAUGCUUGCGGCUGACACAUUCAUUAAUGGCUUGCCACACCUGAAAGAUCUUUUCAUUCAUAAGUGCAGAAGCUCCGCAUCCUUAUCGAUUGGACAUCUGACCUCACUCGAAUCAUUAUCACUACAAGAGGUCCCUGAUCUGUGCUUUCUCAAAGGUUCGUCUUCCCUGGAACUUGAGAGCUUAACUUUGUCGGAUGUCCCAAAACUCUCUGCCGUCUCACAGUUCCGUGUCAAGGAAAAACUCACCAUUAGUAGCUCCGUAUUGCUCAACCAGAUGGUCAAGGUUGAAGGUUUUACAGUCCCACCGUUUCUUUCUCUUCGCUUCUGCAAGGAGCCAUCGGUUUCAUUUGAAGAAUCUGCAGAUUUCUCGUCUGUCAAGAUCCUGCAGUUAUGGUUCUGUGAAAUGAAGUCCCUGCCUAGAAAUAUGGAAUGCUUCUCCAGUCUGGAGUGGCUCGGUUUCGAUUCCUGUCCCAACAUAUCAUCUUUACCAGACCUUCCAUCCUCCCUCCAGCGCAUAACCAUAUGGUUCUGUAAAUUCUUGAAGGAGAGCUAUCGAGAACCUGAUGGAGAAAGCUGGCCAAAGAUUGCCCAUAUCUGCCGGCGGAAGGAUAUCUGAUGGAGAACUAAAUAUGGUGGAAAGCAAUCCGGAGGUAUAUUUCUCUUCUGUGCCGUAUGUUACCCGUUCAAGCUCAUCAUCACCCAGUUCAAGUCAGAAGUCCGCCUGUGGCUGGUGCCGUUCUCUUAGUUCCCUGCCUCCCCGAAUACCUCUUGCGUUGCCCUGCCACCCUCCGCAGCUCUUAUUAAGGAGGAAAUCGGCUUGAGGGAAGCAGCGUUGAGAGUGCCAAGUGCAUCUUAGUUCUCAUGUUUAGUUUCUUCUGCUCAGAGAGAGAGAGAGAGUCCUUUUGUUUUAUGUAAUAUCAAACCUUUUGUUUUGGCAGUGCUCCUGCCGGUGUUAAAAAAAAAAACCCUCCGCAGCUCAUGAGCAGCUGAGCGAGGGUCCAGUCCACUGAUGGCUCAUGAAUGAGUCAUGAGCCAGGGUCCUGUGACUCGUGUUGAUUCUCUGUCUCCUCUCUCUUUUUCUGUUGCUCCUUCCCUACGAACAAUUGCUGAGAUGUGUCUGUAAGUCUGCAACUUGUUCUAGUAUUGCUUUUGACUGCUCC